CAGAGCCGAGCGCCGGCACCCUCCUGGCGAGCGGUUCCGGAAAGAACCGAACGCCCUUCGAGUCGCGGCUGUACAGCGGUAGGGGGCGGGGCGUUCGGCGACAUCGACGACGUGAGCUGCCGGCCUCUGCUCGGCGGAAGAAGCGUGGCGGGCAGCCGGAGGAGCUGAGGAAUGGAGACCAGAAAGCUAAUUACUGCAACAGACAACCAGUACUCUGCUAUGCUGUUAAAGGCUUUGGAUGAACAACGUGGCCAUGGAGUUUUCUGUGAUGUUACCAUUAUUGUGGAGGACCGGAAAUUUCGAGCCCACAAAAAUGUCCUCUCAGCAUCAAGCACUUACUUUCACCAGCUCUUCUCAGUUGCAGGGCAAGUGGUGGAGUUGAACUUCCUAAGAGCAGAGAUUUUUGCUGAGAUUCUCAACUAUAUCUACAGUUCCAGAAUAGUCAGAGUAAGAUCAGACUUGCUCGAUGAAUUAAUAAAAUCUGGGCAAUUUCUUGGAGUUAAAUUUCUUGCUGAUCUGGGUCCUCCUCUGCAGCAGGUGAAAAAUAUGUCAAGGGGUGUGGGUGUUAACCCUGACAUGGGUGUUGACCCUGGCAUCUCAGAACAGUCUAAUUUGGAUGCAAAUGGCCUUGACGCGCAAAAGCCUGCAGUGCAGCUUGCAAGUCAAAACUCGACUGCUGACAAACCUGCUACGAUGGAAAGAUUUUGUUUGUAUGGGGAAGAGUGUGAUACCACCAAGAUUACCAUUAGUGAUUCGGAUGACGAUGAUGUUAUCUUCUGUGCAGAGCUUGUGCCUCCGAAGGAUCGGCCUCUGGAUUCCCAAUCUGCAACACAGAACCAGCCGUGUCCCAACCCGGCCGGGGGCUCUGACCAAACAACCUGUAGCAACACCGGGUCUCCUCCUUGGCCAGCUGUGGUGGCAGCUUCAAGACCUGAUUUGCCUACUGCUCAGCCAAAUCCAAUCGAAAAUCAAGUGUCUGCUGAUCCACUUGCCCCUUCUGCUCCGAAACCCAUGACUUCUAAUGUCCUUGUGUUAAAUCAGUCACAGAUCAGUGCUUCACCUGAUGUCGGCUCAUCACAUGAAAUCGAAGUCUCUCCUAUACCUGAGGAGAAUCAGCAGCGAUCUAAUAGUUCCUUACUUGACAUGGAAACAAAUGUCAUUGGGGAAGAGGAAGAGGAGGAGGAAGAUGUGGAGGAUGAUGAUGACAUUCUUGGUUCAUCCAGCCCAGGGUCUGCGAGCAGCAGCUCCUUGGUUCAGCAGCCAACUACCCCCAAACCUGCAGCAACUGAGGCAGCAGGACUGCAAAAGCAGCAGGCUGUUAACUUUCCACAAGAGCCACCUGCCCCAGCCACGGAGUUCAAAAUGAAAAUUUCAGAUGUUCUUUCUGGAAGCAACAAGGAUUCUGCUGCAAGUGUUGCCCCAAAGCACAUAACAGAAGGCCAGAAGACCAUAACUUUAGAUACAGCCACUGAAAUAGAAGGCUUGUCUACUGGUUGCAAGGUUUAUGCAAAUAUUGGUGAAGAUACCUAUGACAUAGUCAUUCCGGUGAAAGAUGAGGCUGAUGGAGAAGUCAAGCUUGAUGAUUUGCCCAGAACAUCAGGGGAUGAUCCUAUAGACAGAAAGCGUCUAAAAGUGAAACACGAUGAUCACUACGAGCUCAUAAUGGAUGGAAAGGUCUAUUACAUCUGCAUUGUGUGUCGAAGAUCCUAUGUUUGCCUGACAAGUUUGCGGAGACAUUUUAAUGUUCAUUCCUGGGAGAGGAAGUAUCCUUGUCGCUAUUGUGAUAAGGUUUUCCCUCUUGCGGAGUACCGCACCAAGCAUGAAAUACAUCACACUGGUGAGAGAAGGUACCAGUGUUUGGCAUGUGGUCAGUGUUUUAUCAACUAUCAGGUCAUGGCUACACAUUUAAGAUCAGUCCAUAGCCAAGACCCUUCUGGAGAGACCAAGCUGUAUCGUUUGCAUCCUUGUAGGUCCUUGCAGAUCAGAAAUUAUGCUUACAUUUCAGGUGGUUCCAGCAAUAUACCCAUUGUAAAUGACAAUAGCCUUACUUAUCCAGUUGCCCCCGUAAAAGAUCCCAACACUCAAGAACCAACACCCACCCCUCAAGCAAAGCCAAUGACCUGGGAUGAUAUAUUUGUUUCGCAAGGAAAUGAAUCGCUUUUUAAACAAAAUCCAUCAGAUGGUAGUACUGAAUUUGAGUUUGUGAUACCAGAAUCUUACUGAAAUUAUAUCUAGUAGAAACAUUUCAUGGGGAGAGGUGUACAAUUCUUUUUGAACGGGCUGCUGUUUUAGAACAUCUCAUGUCAUAACAAAUUAGUUUAUUGUAUGUAGCCAGCAAAAGGUAGUAUUUUAAAACUAGAGUACAUGUAAGCUGCGGAUGUUGUGAAAAAAUGGUCAGAAAAAAAACGUACUUGAAUACAGGAAAAGGCAUUUCCAGGGAAGUUAACUGCUAAUGUGCUUAGCUCAUCAUCCUAGAUAAUAAUUUGCAAAGUCAUAGUUUGAAAACUAUUGCUCCUUUAUAAUAAUGGGAACCUUCCCUAAGUACUUACAUAAUAAUGGGGAUAUUUCUUGCCCUUUGAACCACUUACUGUGUAACCCUUUCUUUCAUUAUUGGCACUUUAAUGCUGAAAAUUGUUUCAUUAAUGUUAGUCUCAAGAUCUGGAAUUUAGACUUUUUAAAAAAUAGAAACAAAUGCACUCAGUGAUUGGCACAGUUCUGUGAGGGUCCACUAAUCUCGUCCAUAAAUCAAGUAUGUUUUUUUUUAAGUGGCAUUUUAAUCAUGUUUUUCAAUUCCGAAACAGCUGUCUUAUCUUCAUAAAAAUGUUCAUGAUGGAAACUUGCCCUCUUAGAGGGUGAAAAUUCUCAGUCUACAGUAAACUGAUCAAGAUUUAUGCAUACUUGGAAUUCAAAUUCAUCCAGUGGCUGGACCAUUGUGUUUUCUCCUUUUACUUUGGAGGAGCCCCGUCAAUCAAAAUGUCAAGUGACAAUGAGAAAGAGCUGCAUGCCAUCUUUUUUUUUCAAAAGGCUGAAGAGUUAUGUCAGCCUCACUUUUUGCUGGAAGUAUAUUAAUGCUUCAAUCAGGUUGCUGUUUUCCCAUUUGGGCAAAAGUCUUUGACAUAUACGAUUUGAUAUUUGAAGGUUGCCUAAACUGGUUCCCAAUGCUAAGCACUAUAAAUACUGCUUCAGAUCCUUAUUGAACUUAUUUUACAGUUUUGGUUAGUUACCUUGAAAUGAGGGCAAACUUCCACUUAGGUAGGGGUUUGGGGUUUUUUUGUUAAGGAUUUAUUGCAUCAGUCGGGCACCUUGGAAAAAUAAAUGUAUAUGCUUAUCAGGUUCACAUAGAUCUUAGGACAUAAGCAUCACAGUUUUUCCAUAGCACCCUUGCCAAUUGGUUUACCCCUUUUAGGUGCUUUGGUAAUAGCAAAAGGUCAAACUGAACAAGAAAUGGUAGUCCUGAAAUAAAUUGCUCACCAAUGAUGUAGUCAUCAAUGUUUCACUGAGCAGCAACUUGAUUUUUUGUAUAUUUUAUAAUAUAAAAAGGCCCUUAGAGAGGACUGAAAAGGUUGUGGUGAUUAGAAUUAGUUAGUAAUCAGUGGGGAUGCUGUUCAAUCUCUUCCUUCCUCCACUUUAGAAUUUUCCCCCUCCUUUUCACAUUUUUGAAAACAUUUUUUUCAUGCUCUGAGUAAUCAUUCCUUGACCUUAUUUUUCAUUAAAAAAAACUUUUUUCUGGCCUGAAAGUGAAAUUUUGUUGUAAGAUAAAUGAGUCAAAAGUCACAAGCUAUGAUAAGAGUGUCAGAAACCAAUGUUUGUAGUAAUGGAAGUGGAUUUGAUUGCAUAGAAUUCCGAUUCCUCUGUUCUUUUGACUGAGAUCGCAUUUGAGUAUGGGUGGCAUUUUUCAAAAAUUCAUUUUGUAAAUCACUUUAAAAUUGGCAUUUUAUGUUUAAAUUGGUGAGCUGUGAAAUUUUCUAAAUUCUCGAAUUAGUUGGAGUUAUAUAUGCUGUCAGAUAAAGGGAGUGUACAAAAGUAUUUUCACUGUUUUGAAGUUUUACUGGUAUUUUAUGACUUAGCAAGAUCUCUGUUAGAGAAACCAAUGUUACUUGCCCACAACAAAAGAAAUUUUCUGCCACUCAUUAGAAAGUGAGGUUGGUGUAUUAUUUAGUGCAUGUGAAAUCUGGAACGAGGCAAGCUCCAUUUCUAGAAAGUACUGGUUACUGAUAUUAUGUAUGAGACUUCUUAAAAAUCAGUGCCUAUUGAGGGUGUCUUUUUUAUUAAAGGAAAACUGGAAAACUAGGUUUCGAAGCUGUGUGCUUUUGCUAAAAGAUUCAACCACGCAUGCAUGCAUCUCAGGUUCCUAAGCUUUUCCUAGGAAGCAGGCUUCAGUAUCCAAAGUUAAAAGUUCUUAUCAAGUGUGUUUAUAUGUUUUGAAAUGCAUUGCUUUGAGUAUUUAUGGGGUUGGAAGUAUGGUAGACCCUUUCCAUACCUUACCGUUUAAAUGACACCAUAUUGUUUUUACAUUAAGCAUCUGUCUUCUGCUUUUGUAGGAUUUUUUUUAAAAUUUCAACUUUCUGUCUCGUCGUUCACCCUUCUGUAAAUAUUAAGAUAAAUGGCUUUGGGAAGAAACUGUUUUGUAGCAACUGUCAACCUAAAAAUACGUUUGAACACAACUAGUAUCUUGGCAUGCCAAUUCUAAAUGUGUUCUACUUCGAAGUAUACAUUCUUUAUUUCAGUUGUUUCCAAACAUGUUCUACUACACUUUGUGCAUCUAGAGACCAUAUCAAUUUUGAAUGAUUGUCUGCUUAAACCAACUUUGUGUGCAUAAAAAGGUUUAGCACAAUCUUGGCAUGUGCUGGUUUACUGCAUACACAUUGGUUUCAGAAGAGAAGGCAUUCAGAACUAUACCACGCUCCUUCUGUCAGUUAGGUGGCACAAUUCAGAAUUCUCCCAAUUCAUAUUCUGCCUAAAGAGUUGAACAGCAUUUAGUUCCAGGUAAAAGUGUUUAUGGGGGCAAAAUGCAAGUUUUUCUUUGAGUUCUGUGAAGAAUUCAUACGGCACCAUUCCAGUCCCAGAGGAAAAUCAACAUAGCGCUAAUUUAUUUCCUAUCAAAGCAUACAUUUAUUUUAAAAGCUGCAAAAGAGGACAGUGGGUUAUUCCAUAAUGGUUUCUACUGAGCUACGCUGAAGCAUUACUUAAAAAAACCACACACAAAAACAAUGCAGUACUGUAAUGUAUAUAACUUGUACAGCCUUUUCUUUAACAGGCCUUCUAGGAAUUGUGUUUUGCUUUUUCAUUAACCAAUACUUGACUUUAGUUCUUAGAGCUUUGUAUGGUAAAAAAAAUAAAUAAAAGCUUUUAAUUCUA